UCGAAGUUGCCACCCCGCAAUCACAUAGAGUGUGAUACGACUUGUAACGGAUAGAGACGAGGCGUGAGGAAGAAGACGACGACUGAUUCGCUAGACAGCGCGAGAAGCGGAAGAGGAGGAGGCGAGAGAGCACCAGCGAUGGCGGCUCGGGUGCCCGGAGGAGGAGGCGCCGCCGCGGCGGCGGAGGCGGAGGUUGUCCCGACGUUCUCCUCCCUGGAGCCGAUCUACGGCGACGGCUCUCCGCUCGACGAGGCGCGCCUCCGCUUGGCCCGCCUCGCCGACAAGUUCCACGCCGUCUACGCCGCGCGCCCCGCGCUCUUCGCCCGCUCUCCGGGGCGGGUGAAUCUGAUAGGGGAGCACAUCGACUACGAGGGGUACUCGGUGUUGCCCAUGGCCAUCCGGCAGGACAUGAUCGUCGCCAUCAGGAGGGCAGAGGGGAAGGAGGUGCGCGUCGCCAAUGUCGACGACAAGUACCCCAUCUGUGUCUACCCGGCCGACCCCGACAAGGAAAUUGACAUAAAAAACCACAAAUGGGGCCACUAUUUCAUGUGUGGAUACAAGGGAGUUUAUGAGUAUUGUAGGUCAAAAGGGAUAGAUAUGGGUGGACCUGUUGGCCUUGAUGUAGUUGUUGAUGGCACAGUUCCUACAGGAUCUGGACUUUCAAGCUCAGCAGCAUUUGUCUGUUCAGCAACAAUUGCUAUCAUGGGAGUUCUUGAGAAAAAUUUCCCAAAGAAAGAAGUUGCACAAUUCACCUGUCAAUCUGAGCGCCACAUUGGAACACAAUCUGGGGGCAUGGAUCAGGCUAUAUCUAUCAUGGCCAAACCUGGAUUUGCUGAGUUGAUAGAUUUCAAUCCAAUCCAUGCCACUGAUGUGCAACUACCUCCAGGCGGUACAUUUGUGAUUGCCCAUUGCCUGGCAGAGUCCAAGAAAGCAGAGACAGCUGCAACAAACUAUAACAACCGUGUUGUUGAAUGUCGCCUGGCUGCAAUUGUUCUUGCCAUCAAACUAGGGAUGGAAACAAAAAAGGCUGUCUCCUCUGUUACCACCCUCUCUGAUGUUGAGGGGUUAUGUGUCUCUUUUGCUGGAAAAGAGGGUUCUUCUGAUCCUGGAGUUGCCGUGAAGAAACUAUUACAUGAAGAAUCAUAUACAACAGAAGAAAUAGAGAAAAUUACAGGUCAAAGCCUGACAUCUAUCUUCCAGAGCUCUCAAACUUCCUUGGAUGUUCUAAGAGCAGCAAAGCAUUUCAAGUUAUUUCAGCGUGCCUUUCAUGUGUACUCGGAAGCAAGGCGGGUUUAUGCCUUCAGAGAUACUGUAUUGUCAAAACUCAGUGCGGAAGAUAUGCUUCAAAAACUGGGCGAUCUUAUGAAUGAAAGUCACUAUAGCUGCAGUGUGUUAUAUGAAUGCAGCUGUCCCGAGUUGGAAGAGCUUGUAAAAGUAUGUAGAGACAACGGAGCACUCGGAGCACGUCUUACUGGAGCAGGGUGGGGUGGCUGUGCAGUCGCUUUGGUUAAGGAAGGCAUUGUCCCGCAGUUUAUUCUCAAUUUAAAGGAAACGUACUAUAAAUCAAGGAUCGACCGGGGAGUGAUCAACCAGAAGGAUCUUGGGUUGUACGUGUUCGCGUCCAAGCCGUCGAGUGGAGCAGCCAUAUUCAAGCUGUAGGCCACCAAUCCACCAUUCUUUCGCCACCUGUAAAUCGAUUCAGACCAGAAGCGCCACGACGCAAGCACGCAGGUUCCUACAUGACCUAAGUCCACCCACACGUCAAUGUAUCUUUAUACAAGUACUUAUUAGAAACAAUAAAUCAUGUCUAUUAAUCUAUUACUAUGCCGGGACACAACCAAUAGAGACUUCAAAACAAUGAUGCAUCAGUGGUUAGUAGGGUGUCGAUGGAGGUUGCUUUUUUUUUUUUUUCUUAUACAGUGAUACGAUGAUACUUCUAGUACUUGCAGUGGACCUUUGGACUUUGGUCAAGUUAUUCAGGUGUCAUCUUCGUGUGUACUGUUGAUUUUGCUGUGCCUAGAGACCGUCAUGUUCUUCCA